GCGGGUGUAGGGGUUACAGAUCGGAUAGUGACAGGUUGUGUAGGGAAUAAAAGCCUAAAUUACUGCUCAGCAGCACCGCGGACCUGACCACCGAACCAUAACCGAAGUUCUGCUCUGUGUGUGUGUGUGUGUGUGUGUGUGUGUGUGUGUGUGUGAGAGAGAGAGAGAGAGAGAGAGUGUGUGUGUGUUGAACAGGUGCUGUGCACCUCAGAACCAGAAGAACAGGUGGCGGGGGUAUGAGCGGGCGGCGGGGGGGCCGUGGGGGGCCGGAGCCCCCCGUGCUGCGGCGGCUGAUUGAACUUCCCACUCCGGUUCUGUCUCGGCACCAGUUGAAGCGUCUGGAGGAGCAUCGAUACAGCAGCGCCGGCAAAUCUCUGCUGGAACCCAUAAUGCAAUGCUACUGGGAGUGGCUGGUGAGCUGCAUGCCCACCUGGAUCGCUCCUAACCUCAUCACCAUCAUCGGCCUCGCCACCAACGCCUUCACCACGCUGGUGCUCGUCUACUACUGCCCCACUGCCACCGAACAGGCUCCGUUGUGGGCGUACCUGCUGUGUGCCGUGGGUUUGUUUGUGUACCAGUCUCUGGAUGCGAUAGACGGGAAGCAGGCGCGGCGCACUAACAGUUCCUCACCACUGGGGGAGCUGUUUGAUCAUGGCUGUGACUCGCUCUCCACCGUGUUUGUGGUGUUGGGUACCAGUAUAGCGGUCCAGUUGGGGACGAAUCCAGACUGGAUGUUCUUCUGCUGUUUUGCUGGGAUGUUCAUGUUCUAUUGUGCUCACUGGCAGACCUACGUCUCUGGAACCCUGCGCUUUGGCAUUAUUGAUGUGACUGAAGUGCAGAUCUUCAUUAUGAUCAUGUAUUUGCUGGCUGCAGUGGGUGGAUCGGCUUUCUGGCAGUCGCUGAUUCCAGUAUUAAACGUCCAGAUGAAGAUGGUUCCGGCUCUGUGCACGUUUGUCGGCGCCGCGGUUUCCUGCACUAAUUAUUUCAGAGUCAUUUUUACAGGAGGAGUCGGAAAGAACGGGUCAACCAUCGCGGGAACAAGCGUUCUGUCUCCAGUUCUUCACAUCGGCUCCAUUAUCCUGCUCGCCAUGAUGAUCUAUAAGAAAUCUGCUAUUCAGCUGUUUGAGAAUCACCCGUGUGUUUAUAUCCUUGCCUUCGGCUUCGUAUCUGCCAAAAUCACCAACAAACUCGUGGUAGCACACAUGACUAAGAGUGAGAUGCAUCUCCACGACGUGGCGUUUUUAGGUCCCGGCCUCCUGUUUCUAAAUCAGUAUUUCAACAGUUUUAUUGACGAGUAUCUGGUGCUCUGGAUCGCUCUGGUUCUGUCGCUGUUCGAUCUGGUGCGUUACUGUGUGAGUGUGUGCAACCAGAUCGCGUCACAUCUUCACAUCUUCGUCUUCAAAAUCAAACCUGUAGCAGUUCAGUGAGACUCUGCUGCUGCCAACUGUGUGUGUGAGUGUGUGUGAGUGAGUGUGUGUGAGUGAGUGAGUGUGUGUGUGUGUGUGUGUGUGUGUGAGAGAGGUUAAGCCUGCCUGAUGAAGAACCUGAUGACAUGAUUUAUAAAAGAUGUUAUUAUACAUCCAUAGACACCUUAAUUCUAUAAAAGUUGCUUUAUUUAAAUUAUUCAGAACUAAACAAAACUAACGCAGCCUCUUAUUUGCUUUUGAGAGAAAAGUGUGUGUGUGUGUGUGUGUGUGUGUGUGUGUGUGUGUGUGUAAUAACAGGUGCUAAAACACAUCACGUUUCCGUGAGAAGACUUUAGGUACUCGAUUUUUAAAGAGAACAAGUUUAGAAAAGCGGAGGUUUUGAUUCGUCAUCAUCACUCAGUGGUGUUUCCUAGGUUUGGACCGAUACUGAGUUCAUAUCACGAUAUUGAUCACGGUUUAUGGUAAUUCUGAUUCGAGUGAAACGAAAAGGCCUGUACAGAAUAACUGCCUUAACAAUCCUAAAUGUAAAGCAGGUGUAGAGAAAACCAAUAUUGCGAUAUAUCGUGGAACUGAAUAUCGGAACAUACCUGGAGUCGCUCAGUAUUGCAUGCUUUGUUUGUUUAUCAUUAUUUUAAAUUAUCAGAAGCAUCAUUUAAAUGUUAAACGUCGAGCCGCUGCUGCUACUUCAGUUAUUGUAAAUGUAUAGUGUGUAAAAUAUUUCAUCCUGUAAACACGCCCAGGUCACUGUGGGGGGGAGAGACUGAGCUGAACUGGUUCAUUAGGUUCCUGUAAUGGUUCAGAACGAGACUCGGACUGCAAAACUUCAUCAGUUCUGAAUCAAAUAUUUGUCUGAAAUUUCUGAUUUUGUCAUUUUUGUUUCUUUUAUUUUAAUCUCAGUUUAUUUUUGUUUCUGCAGCAUUUAUUUAAACUGCUUUUGCAAUGAUGAUAAAUUAAUUAGAAUUAAAUCAAUAUAAUAUUGUAUUAUUAUUGUUGUAAGUUACAUUAUUCCAAAUAAAAAAAUGGCUCUUUUAUAAUCUGAUUUAUUUUGUUACUUAAAAUAUUUUUCAUUUUAUUUUAAAAAAACAAUUAUUCAGAACAUUUAUAACCUAUAUUUCUAUUGUUAUUUCUCUAUUUAAAUGCUUUUAUUUCUUUCUUAUUUGUACAUGUUUUUUUUGCUGUUUCUCCCUGGUUAUGUUUCUGACUAUAACUUGUAUUUUUGUUGUGCUGCGUAUCUGCAGAGCUUUAACGGCGCACUGAUGUUUAUAAAUGAGAAAAUGUGUCACAUUUUAGUCCUGCUCCAUCAGCUACUCUUAUUUUAUCUUCCAUUAUGUGCCUGAAACGUGAGUGUGUGUGUGUUUGGGUGUGUGUUUGAGUGUGUGUGUAUGUUUGGGGGGCGGAUACGACAUCAAUUCUGCCUCCGUUGUUAAAUGAAAUUAAUAAACGAUGAAUUAAAAAUUGAA